CAUUUUCCUAGUUGCUUCUAAAUGACUGCGGAAAAACAGCUUCUCCAAGCCGCAAAUAAGAAGACGGAUUCUCAGACCAGGCUUGCUAAUGCCCCGCAGCCAUCAUUUAACUGAGCUCGCAGAGCAGUUACGAUUUGUCACCCGACCCUCCGGGAUCGCCUCAUUUGUCCCUAGUGAGACCCCGAGGCUCUGGUCGUGCCGGGCUUCUCAGUAGCUGGAUGUAUGUCGUGCACCGGGCAGCACGGGCGCAGGGCACGCGUUCCCGCACACCCGCGCACACCCGAAAACGCACAAGACUAAUUUUCUGGAGUUUCUGCCCCUGCUCUGCGUCAGCCCUCACGUCACUUCACCAGCAGUAGCAGAGGCGGCGGCGGCGGCUCCCGGAAUUGGGUUGGAGCAAGAGCCUCACUCGCUCCUUCGCUCGCGCUCUCCGCGCUCCGUGCCCAGCGGCAGGAGGAGCCUGGACCCAGGCGCCGCCGGCGGGCGGUAGGCGCCGGAGGCCCGCUCCGAGGUGCGUCCGGAAUCCCAGUGCACCCCCAGAGAGUCCCGGGAGCGCCCGCCUCGGCCGGUGCCCGGAACGCUGGGCCAUGCUGUGGCGCCCGCAGCGGAGCUGCGAGUGCUGGUAGCGCCCCCUGUAAAGCAGCCGGAGAUGCCCCAGGCACUGUGAACAGUGCUGCCCUUCAGGACAUACUCAGCUUUGGACACACUCGACUCUGCGACUCUGCGGCCGGUGACCAACAUCCAGUAGAGAGAGUGGCGAGCGCGGCAAAGACCACUCAGCACUGGCAGGGGAGGCUGACCGGUGCAGCACAGGGACACGUACUCAGUCUCACUCCAGCUGGCACUGGCGGCUAGGGAUGUCGACCUGGACAAGGUGGCAUGGACCUGCAAUGGCCCGACUCUGGGGCUUCUGCUGGCUGGUUGUGGGCUUCUGGAGGGCCGCUCUCGCCUGUCCUAUGUCCUGCAAAUGCAGCACCUCUCGGAUCUGGUGCAGCGACCCUACUCCUGGCAUCGUGGCAUUUCCAAGAUUGGAGCCUAGCAGUGCAGACCCUGAGAACAUCACCGAAAUUUACAUUGCAAAUCAAAAAAGGUUAGAAAUCAUCAACGAAGACGAUGUUGAAGCUUACGCGGCACUGAAAAAUCUGACAAUUGUGGAUUCUGGAUUAAAAUUUGUGGCUCAUAGAGCAUUUCUGAAAAACAGCAACUUGCAGCACAUCAAUUUUACCCGAAAUAAACUGACGAGUUUGUCUAGGAAACAUUUCCGUCACCUUGACUUGUCUGAGCUGAUCUUGGUGGGCAAUCCAUUUAUGUGCUCCUGUGAUAUUAUGUGGAUCAAGACUUUUCAGGAGACUAAAUCCAGUCCAGAAACUCAGGAUCUGUACUGCCUAAAUGAAAGCAGCAAGAAUAUCCCUCUGGCAAACCUGCAGAUACCCAAUUGUGGUUUGCCGUCAGCAAAUUUGGCUGCGCCGAACCUCACUGUGGAGGAAGGAAAGUCUAUCACAUUAUCUUGUAGUGUUGAGGGUGAUCCAGUUCCGAAUUUGUACUGGGAUGUCGGUAAUCUGGUUUCCAAACAUAUGAAUGAAACAAGCCACACACAGGGCUCCUUAAGGAUAACUAACAUUUCAUCCGAUGACAGUGGAAAGCAAAUCUCUUGUGUGGCAGAAAAUCUUGUAGGAGAAGAUCAAGAUUCUGUGAACCUCACUGUGCAUUUUGCGCCAACUAUCACAUUUCUCGAAUCUCCAACCUCAGACCACCACUGGUGCAUUCCAUUCACUGUGAAAGGGAACCCCAAACCGGCGCUUCAGUGGUUCUAUAAUGGGGCAAUACUGAAUGAGUCCAAAUACAUCUGUACUAAAAUCCAUGUUACCAAUCACACGGAGUACCACGGCUGCCUCCAGCUGGAUAAUCCCACCCACAUGAACAAUGGGGACUACAAGUUAGUAGCCAAGAACGAGUAUGGGAAGGAUGAGAAGCAGAUUUCUGCUCACUUCAUGGGCUGGCCUGGAAUUGAUGGUGGUGCAGACCCAAACUAUCCUGAUGCUAUAUAUGACGAUUAUGGGACUACAACAAAUAACAUCGAGGACACCACAAACAGAAGUGAUGAAAUUCUUUCCACAAAUUCUACUAACAAAACUCGUCGGGAGCAUCUCUCGGUCUAUGCUGUGGUGGUGAUUGCAUCCGUAGUGGGAUUUUGUUUGCUGGUAAUGCUGUUUCUGCUGAAGUUGGCAAGACACUCCAAGUUUGGCAUGAAAGGUCAGCCACUCUACUGUCACCUCAGCCACCACACCGGCUCCCAAGAGGCCCCCUGCCAAUCAGACACCCAAGUUGGCAGUUUUCUACUUGAACUCUCCAGAUAACAAAUGUGGUUUUGUUUUGUUUCAUAAGAUCCCCCUGGAUGGGUAGCUGAAAUAAAGGAAAAGACAGAGGAAGGGGCUGUGGUGCAUGUUGGCUGAUGCUGCCUUGUAAGCUGGACUCCUGGGACAGGCCUUGGCUUCUCCCGGAAGUCUGCUUACCUGGGGUUUCCUGGUGGAGGUGGGUGGUGUUCGCAGGACGUGCUGGGUGAAGCCUGCAGAUCGUGAGCUGUUAUCGGGGAACACCAGAGCUGAGGCCGCUCACGGGCAGCUACGCAGAGACACAAGAAAACAUCUUAAAUUAAUGCUUCUCUCUUGUUCUUACAAUCAUUCAAAUACAGAAUUGAAUUGAAAUUCCACUGGAUUGUGCUUCUCUUCUGAGAGAUGUGCUCUUUGACCAUACUGGAAAUAUAUUUGAUUUUUAUUGUUUCUGUUUAGUAAAGAUGAACUACAAAGUUAAAGAAUCUAAAUUUAGGGACAGGUAUACACGAGUGUACACUAAACUGUAAUCUCCAUGUAACCCGUAUUUUAGCAUCAUCUUCUAUUGUUUAAUCAGCACGGAAUGGAGAAAGUCUUAUUGUUUUCAUCUACAACACAGUGGCUAAAAGAGCAUAUAGGGCAUCACUGUGGUGAUGUCAUGAGAAGUUCUUUUCUUCACUGAUAAUAAAGAUCCAGAGCGAUGCAAUCAACGUUAGUGACUUCCUUAAAGUUUCCUUAAAGAUUUUCUUAAAGGCAAAAAAAUAAAAAAGCAGCAGCAGCAGCAGCUAUUUGGUUGGGGGCCAUAGAUUUAUGUUAGGCAUAGUCUGUUUCAGAAUAACUAGAGGAGUGAAAUAUAUGCAUAUGGUGCAUAUGUCCUUUCAUUUGCCCUCUGCAGUUCAUCUGCUUUUUAGAAGUUUGUCGAGUGAUAAGGCCACAGCAUCUCAUGCUGUUCCCAUAACAGAACUGCAGCUUUUCUACUCUGAAAAGGCCUGCACGCAGAAUGGCUGGCCUGCUGUGAGCAGGAGUUGAUAUUGUGAGUAGGGUAGUUUCCCGACCACAUACCACACUACCGCUGGGUUUUCACGGGCAGGACAGCUCUCCCUGACCCCAGCAGCACAGAGGUGUCAGGUCGCUAAUGAAUAUGUGCUUUCUAUUGUCCAGCUUCAUUGCUGAGAGGGCAGCCUUACAGACACAGAAUCCUGCAUCCCUGCCUUAGUCUUACCAUGGAUCCCUGUUUCACUCACUCGGCCAUGGCAGUGACCUUUGUACACUCUGCUCAGUCUGCACCGGGUAGGAUCCCUGUCAGGAGACAGGUUUGGCUGCCCUACCCCACCUCACCUCACACCCGUCUUGUUAGGGGGACUUCAGAGCCAGGCCUGGAACAUGUCCUUUGAAAACACAAUCAGCUCUGUAAGCAUAGGGAAUAUAAUUAAUAAUGCAAUAACUAUGUAUGGCAUCAGAUGGGUACUUGAAAUAUUGAGGGGAACACUUCGUAAAGUAUAUGACCAUCUAACCAUUAUGCUGUACACCUGAAACCAAUACAAAAUAAUAUUGCAAGUAAAAAGAAAAAAAAGACAUGUGCAAAGACUCCAUGGCUGAAUUGGAAAGUUACUGACUUAAAAAAAUUUUUUUUUUGAAAUAGUUACACAAGUUUUACAGUUCAGCUUUAAGGAUGCAUAGAUUUUUAACUGGUCUAUCAUGUUUGGAAGUGUUUUGAAUCCUUUGUAACCAAGGUAUUAAUCUUAAUAAACCAGGAUCCACUUAGGCACCACUUGAUAUAAAAAGAUGGUUCAUGAUGGAUAUUUUAUACUCUGUCUCUUACCUUAGCCACUAACUAUGGCAUUGCUCGAUGCCGACAUUGCACAGAGUCCUAUGGAUUACAGCAUUUCACCCAGCUAUUCCACACCCAGGCCUGAAAAGGGCAGUUUCUCCAAAGCAUGAACAGCUUCCUCAUUUUCAAAAGUUUUUCUUUUUUUUUUUUCACCAGAAGGACAUUUGAGUGUUAGGGCAGCUGGCCCUUAGUGUGGGGAGGUCUGAAUAUUAUCUGAAUUUCCAUUUUCUUGCUUGCUGCUAAAUGACAGUUCCUGUCACUACUUAGAUUCUAAUCUUUCCCGAAGGUGUUGAUUUACAAAGGAGCCAGCUAAUUGCAGAAAUCCUGAACCCUGGAAGAAACAUGAAAUUCAAACUGGAAGCCAAGUAGAAGCUGUUAGGACAGCUCAGGUUCUUAAAUAUCAGCCAUUUGGUAAUUUUUUAAAAGCUUUCGUGUUAUCCAUGGAGCCAUAAAAAGGUGAUGAAUUGUUUAAGGCCUAUUUUUAAAGUUUCCCAGACCCAAAAGGAAAAAAAAAAGGAUGUUUGUACUCAACAGCUGGAAGAAUGGCAGGGUAGAUAUUUGUUUUAAAAUGGAGAGAAGUGGACAGAUAAGGCAAUUUAAUAUAUCAAACCGCAGUUGACAUCUCCUAGGGAACAAGGAAAACAGCAGGCUAUUAGAGAAUUGUUUCAUAUGGUUCUUGACUUCCUUACUUUUUAUUUUUUUUAAAUCCCUGGACACCACAAUCAGUAUAGCUUCUCAAGUCCGUACUCUAGACCACCCCCUUUCCUCCUUUUGCUUUCUUUGUCCCUGUAAGAAAUCCUUUUCGAACUUCCUAGUGACGUGUAUCAUGUAUUUCUGCCACAUCGGUAAAGGACAGGCCCCGUUUUUGCUGAAAUCGCCUUUGUCGUCCUCCAGCAAGGAUCGGGCAUUUCCGUACCAGGCAGGUGCCCUAAAUGGGCAACGUGCCCUGGGUGGGUGUCCGUCCAGAGCGGCAGCUCUCACGCAGCCCCAGCCGGCUCCUGCCUCCUGGGAAUGUGGGCCCAGGUGUCCAAAUCUUCUGAUUCUUUAUGGGACACUUGAAACCUGGACUCUUAUGUGAAAUGUCCCUAUUUUUAAAAAGUUGACUCAGUUAUUUUUAAAACGUUAUGUAGGCCAACAAAACACUUCUGUGGGCUGCCAGUUUGUUACUUUUGUCUUAAAGCAAGAUCAUUGUUCUCUCAGUGUUUCCUUCUGUCUUUCCUUUGCAAACAUCUUCUCAGCAUUGCCAUGGAGAACUUUAUCUCCAUUGAAUCUAGCACCUCCGUGAUCUGCAGCAUGUCACGUACCUUUGGGGCUCUCCUGUGCCUUCCACCCAAUACUGAACUGGGCUCUCUCUCCCUGCCUGGGACUCUUGCAUCAGUGUGUGCCCUUUACCCCCUAAUUGGCCCCACUUCCAUGUGGCCAGAAGCAAUCCAAUGAGUCCUUCCUCCUGUUUUAUGUGAUGUGACUCCUUUCACCAGUGUCUGUGUUGCCUGGCCUGUGCAGGUGCAGCCAAGGUCAGGAGAAAGGAGCAGCCCUUUUUUACGGGUGUCCUUAAUGUACCAUUGUGGCCACUUAUAGAUGGAGAACAGCUGUGUCAUCUUCAAGAGUCUUGGUUCAGGCCCUUAUCUUUACUCUGGUCCCAGUGAGACCCUCCAAGGCAGCUGAGAGAGACUAAGAGACUCCCACUGUCGUCACAUGAGACACCAGUCUGAGGCCAAUGAAGCAAAAGAAGCAAAGAAGGUCCAAAUCUCAACAGGAAGAAUGAAUCCCCACAGACUUUAAAGACACUUCAGGGGUUUCACUCCUAAUCUCCACCAGAGACUAAUUUCAUUUUCGACCUAUUAAAUGCUGUUUCCAAAAGUGGAGAGCGAAGAUGAGAAUUAAAUAACCCCAGCCUUACAACACAGAGCACAGAGGGAGUGGGCUUUGGGCUCCACUCUUCAAGUAACCUUGAAUUACACCCAGAGCAUUAGGGCUGGAAGUGCCUCCUUAGACAGAGCAGAGACCCCCAUUACUCAACUGUUUAAGGAGCAAACAGCUCGAGGAGUUCAAGGUGCGAAUUCAGUUCAUGGCCAGGUGUGAGGGUGAGCAGGAUGGAGGUGCUCCUGCUUUCUCUCCUUCCUUUUCUCUUUAUUUUCUUAAAACCCCUGACUCCCUCCCCCCUGCCUCCUCGCCUCCCCUUCUCCACCACUCCCUCUAUCUAGCAUUCUAACUUGACUCCAUGACAAACUGAGAGUUUAUUUUUGUUUUAUUGGUUGCUUUCCACACACCUUUUUUCUCCCCAUUGUGAAAUGGAAUCAAAGCACCCAGGGGAAACUGAACUAACUCUUCUCGCACUCCAUUAGAGAAUGGGUGACUUAGACUUUCUCCUGCUCUAGGGCCUUCUCUCUAUAGCGCCUUCCUUGGCUUUCAUCUCAUUUUCUCACACAACAGUAGGAGCUCGUUUCAUCUUGUUUUCUAGACUCCAGAUACAGAGGGAGAGCAACUGAAGGGAAGCAGUUCCAUGUAAUCCGGGGUCUUCAUGAGUAGCUCCAUCCAGCCAUUGGGCUGUGCCAUUCCUGUCUAGAGGAACGCCCUGGGGUUGAGCCAGUCAGCAGAUUGGACCCCAAGAAAACUGGGACAGAAGUAGGCAUCCUGCGAUGUGUGCUCUGCUGUGUUGCAGGCACAGCACCUACAAUACCUGAGGACCAUGCCAGGCUUAUUCGAGGGGACCUGGGAAGGUUAAGGACUCUCCUGGAUAGGGCGGGAAUGUUAUUUUCUGUGGGGUGCUGCCACAUUGAAUUAACUGGGUUCCCAACCCAGAAAGUGACAUCAAAACAACUGUCACAGAAGUCAGCUUUUCAUUCAAGUCAGUCGAUUUCCUUGUUUUGCUCUUCGGGGCCAAAGGAGACCCCAGCCACCUGAUUUUGACAGUGAGAUCACUCUGAGUUUAAUUGCAACACUAACACUCUGAGUUUAGUGUUGCAAUGGAGCCUUGGGAUGGUCAUUUGUGGGCACCCACGGUAGGUUGUUAUUAGCUGUGUCUGGAGUCUUAGUUUUCAUGAAAAAAACUGCUUUAGAAGUAAAGAAAAGAACAGAGGGUCCUCACUUUUCUUUUAAGACAGUCCAUUUAAGAAGGGGGCCUAAACAAAUAUAAAAUAGCAAGUAACUCUAUUCACAAUGUACAUGUACAUCAAAUCAUUGUGUUGUACUCUUUAAAUGUCCUGCCAUUUUAUUUGUCAAUUAUGCCUCAGUAAAGCUGACAAGAAAAAAAGGAAAAGGAAAAAUACGAAGAGAUUCCAGAGAAAGACAAAUCCUUGAGUGUCCCCCAUUUCAUGUUGGAAUCCACUUGCUGUAAUCCAUAGGCAGCCUGUGAAUCACUCUCAUGGCCUGUUUUUUCUCCAUAAUGUUCUGGGUUAUAAAGUCAUUUUUUUUCACAUUUCCUGUAAAUAGUGGAUGAUCAUUUAUUUUAUUUUAUUUUUAAGCACUGUUUUAACAUGUGGAUAGAUUAUAAAUGUACUUGCUGCAUUCAUUUUUUUAACAAGCCAAUAAAGUUUUAUAAUU